AUGUUCUUUUCUUGUUCUUUUUGCUUUCAAUCCCUAAGUAUGCACUUUAUAAAAGAAGCUUGUAGUAAAAGAUCACUCGAGUCCAAGACUCUAACUUACAGUCGUGGCGCUACUUCUAUCCUGAUGGGAUUUUUAUUUGUAGCUUAUUGUGCCUAUCUCAUCUCUCAAAUGUACAACAACCAACCACUAUUACAAAUAUCGUCGGAAUACAUUGGUCACGAUAGCGCUACACCCGAUAUCGAAUUAUGCGCACAAAACUCCAGUUUAACUGUGAUCAAGUGUACGGCGAUGUAUUAUAAUUGGACCACCCAAGACAUACCCAAUUGCUGGGAGACCUUGUUUCGACCGGGAGUCAAUGAUUUAGCAACCAAGUGUUAUGUCUUUGAAUCUAAUGGCACAUUACGCAUGUCGAGAGGCGUUACCUAUGACAGUAGCGAUGCAUUAAGAAAAAUUGAUUUCUAUUGGAAAUUCGACGCUUUGUUUAAUAUGACUUAUACUUCGAUUUCUAUACCUGCGAUUUCAAUCCAGUUGUAUAGUCCGACGUUUAGUAGUUGGAAGAGAGAUAUCAUUGGAAACACAGAGAUUGAAGGCAAUAUGAUGAACAAUAUUGCGUCAGGUGGUGCUUACAUAGCUACUUCGUUUGUCAAUUAUACAACCACCAUCUUUUACCAUCCACAGAAGUACCGUGCUAUUAGACCAAAUGAUAUUUCCACUCUCUUUGGAUUCAGUUCCAAUUUUAUCGAUAUAAUUACACUAACGACAAAUUCUUUUUCAUGGCCAAUUCAACUGGAUCCACCAACACUUAUCACCGACAGAAGAUUAUAUGAUGGCGCAUUCUCCGUAAAAUUAGAUCAAGAUACCUUUGAAGUCAAGACAGAGAUAAUGCAGCACUCUAUAGUAUCCUCUAUUGCUUUGGCAGGUGGUUGUUACAGUGUACUCACGACCAUUUACGUAAUAUUAUUCGGUAUGGCAAAGCUUUCCCCCUGGGGAAUAGUUCAUCGUAUCCCUACAUGUAUCAAUAAACACCCACCACCAGAAUACUAUCCAAACAGCACCAUGUACACACAUACACAGCAUCAAAACGAAAAGGCCCGAAGUAGCAUCUUUGGGCUACUGUCGUGGGUUUCUUCUACAAAAAACAAUGCAGUGGUACAAGUAACAAGAUCACAAUUGGAAAGAUUAAAAGUGGAUGAUUCUUCGGCAGAGGCGAUAUGCCUUACUAGUUUGACAGGUUUGUUACCACCCCAAACUGACAAUAAGGGAGAGGAGAGUAGCACGCCUUUUCAGGAGGAUCAUAAAACGGCAUCGCAACAGGAAAGUGAUGAGGUGAACAAGCUGAAAAGGGAAACUCUUGUAUUAUCUCAACGCAUGGAAGAGUUGGAGUUUAUGUUGUCCGAGUAUUUUAUUAAUACAAAAUAUUUGGAUCAGUUACGCAAUCGGAAGACAACAUCUACUUUAGGAGAUCCGGAAGUCAUGGUAGAUUAAUACGUUAAAAUAAAACAUGUCAAAAAAAAGUCAAUGUGCUUGGCCAUGCGCUAAAAAUGGACAAGUACAUGAACUGGCCAAAGUUUAUCAUGCUGCUAAAAAAAAUUGAAAAUUGUCUCUGAUACUGGAA